ACAAAUACAUUAUUUGUUCUCUCAAUCUUUGCGAUGUCUGUCUUUCUUUACACACUCUUGCUUAUCUUUCAAUUUCAUGCAAAGGCAGAAAAGCCUCUUUGCCGAAUGAUGGGAGACCCAACAUACCCGCUGUUAUCCAAGGAUGGAGAUGUAACUAUUGGAGCACUUUUUUCAGUCCAUGGUAUAGAGUCAUUACCUUCAUUUGAGUUUACACAAAAACCUCUUCUUCUAUCAUGCUCAAGUGUGAGUCUAAGAGAUUUUCGAAUGGCUCAGACCAUGAUCUUUGCCAUUGAGGAGAUUAACCAAAGUCAAAGUUUGUUACCAAAUGUUUCUAUUGGCUACCAAAUUUAUGAUACCUGUGGUUCAAGACUGUCUUCAAUGAGUGCAACUAUGGCAUUGAUGAAUGGUCCAGAAUUUACAGCAGAAAACAGAUGCAAUGGACAGUCUCCUAUACAUACUAUCAUAGGAGAAACAGAGUCUUCUGCUACUGUGAUUCUGUCCAGAACUACAGGACCUUUUAAAAUUCCAGUGAUAAGUCCUUCAGCCUCAUGUGAAUGUCUCAGUAAUAGGAAAGAAUACCCUUCCUUCUUCAGGACUAUUGCUAGUGAGGAGGAGGGAAUUUGCGUGGAGUAAUUCUAUGUGAAAUUCUAUCGAACAGAACCAGAAAAAUUACAAAAAGUGGUAGACACAAUAAAAAAAGGCACUGCAAAAGUGAUUGUUGCAUUUCUUACCAGUUCUGAAAUGUAUAAUCUACUUGAGCAGCUAAGUAUUCAGAACAUUACAGACCUCCAAAUGAUUGGAGUUGAAGGAUGGAUAACUGCAAAGAGUCUGAUCAUUCCAAACAGUUUUCGUGUGCUGGGAGGGUCAUUGGGGUUUGGAGUCAGAAAAAUAGAUAUUGGAGGUUUAGCAGAUUAUGUUAUAAAAGCAUUCUGGGAAACAAAUUUUCCAUGCCCACAGACUGAGGGGAAUUUUUCUCAAUAUGCAUUAAGUUGUAAUAAAUAUCAGGAUCUACUUGCACUGAAAAACUACAAUGAAGAUGUGCCUGAACAAAGAUAUUCAAGCAAUGUCUACAAAGCAGUUUAUGCUGUGGCUCAUUCACUUCACAGUCUACUCAAGUGCAAAGAACAAGCAGGUUGUGAGAAAGGCCUGACAAUACAACCACACCAGGUUGUUGAGGCUCUGAAAAAUGUAAAUUUCACAGUAAAGAUGGGAGAUCGUUUGUGGUUUGACAGCACCGGUGCUGCAGUAGCGCAAUAUGAAGUUGUGAACUGGCAGAAAGACUCAAAUGGAUCAGUCCAAUUUAAACCAGUGGGAUACUAUGAUGUCUCACUUCCACCUCAUCAGCGCUUUGUGCUUAACACUAAAAACAUAAUCUGGGCUGGAGGACAGCUAGAGAAGCCAAGGUCUGUCUGCAGUGAGAGCUGUCCUCCAGGCACUAGGAAGGCUGCACAGAAAGGAAAACCUGUCUGCUGUUAUGACUGUAUUCCAUGUGCAGAAGGAGAAAUCAGUAAUGAGACAGAUUCAAAUAACUGCAAGCAGUGUCCAGGGGAAUACUGGUCUAAUGCUCAGAAAAAUAAAUGUGUGUUAAAGGCUGUAGAGUUUCUGUCAUUCAGUGAAGUUAUGGGUAUAGUGCUAGUCUUUUUCUCACUGUUUGGAGUAGGAUUAACUGUGCUUAUGGCAAUUCUUUUUUACAGUAAGAAGGACACCCCCAUAGUAAAAGCCAACAACUCAGAGCUGAGCUUCCUGCUGCUCUUCUCAUUGAUUCUUUGUUUCCUUUGUUCACUUACUUUCAUUGGUCGGCCCACUGAGUGGUCUUGUAUGUUGCGUCACACAGCAUUUGGGAUCACUUUUGUCCUCUGUAUAUCCUGUGUUCUGGGGAAAACAAUAGUAGUGUUAAUGGCCUUCAAGGCUACACUUCCAGGAAGUAAUGUCAUGAAAUGGUUUGGGCCUCCUCAACAAAGACUCAGUGUUCUUGCCUUUACACUUAUACAAGUUCUUAUCUGUGUCCUUUGGCUAACAAAAUCACCCCCAUUUCCCUACAAAAAUUUGAAAUAUUAUCAUGAAAAGAUUGUUCUUGAGUGCAGUCUGGGUUCUAAUAUAGGUUUUUGGGCUGUUCUAGGUUAUAUUGGCCUGCUGGCUGUCUUGUGCUUCAUUCUGGCUUUUCUGGCUCGCAAACUGCCUGAUAACUUUAAUGAAGCUAAAUUCAUCACAUUCAGUAUGCUUAUAUUCUGUACAGUAUGGAUCACAUUUAUCCCAUCUUAUGUCAGUCCUCCUGGGAAAUUUACUGUAGCUGUGGAGAUAUUUGCCAUUUUAGCUUCAAGCUUUGGUUUACUUUUCUGCAUAUUUGCACCUAAAUGUUAUAUAAUUUUGUGUAAGCCUGAACAAAAUACAAAGCAACAUCUGAUGGGAAAAGUUUCCGUAUAG